UUCCCGCCCACUUCCUUCCGUGUCAAUAAAGUUGCGCCCCUUUGAAUCCCGCAUCCGGCAAGAUGGCGGCCUCCAUGCUGUGUUCCCUGCUACGGUCCGUGCGCCAGAUGGUUCCUUUUUCAGGUACAGGACAGAUACGAAGUUACUAUGUGGACUGGAGAAUGGUGCGUGAUGUAAAGAGAAGAAAGAUGGCCUUUGAAUUUGCAGAUGAAAGGCUUCGGAUCAACUCCCUCAGAAAGAACACUAUAUUACCAAAAGAUCUCCAAGAAGUAGCAGAUCAAGAAAUUGCGGCCCUUCCCAGGGACAGCUGUCCUGUCAGGAUACGAAAUCGUUGCGUCAUGACAUCUCGACCUCGGGGUGUGAAGAAGCGCUGGAGACUGAGCCGGAUCGUCUUCCGGCAUCUGGCUGAUCACGGGCAGCUUUCUGGGAUCCAGAGAGCCAUAUGGUGAAUCGCCUUGGGCACCCCACAACAGCAGUACGACCCGUACUUGAGUGUUUGGCAUUGAUGUUAAAGAUUGUGACCCCCACUGGAAACGAAUGAGCAGUAAGCAGUAGCCAUAGGAUAACCACUUUUCUUAAGCUGAAUUUUUUAGCAGGGAAAAAUCUUGGUAUUGUAGAACUCUGUAAAGGACUUGGUCUGUGCCUGAAUUGCUUUCUGGUCACUGAACUUGUUAUUUCUGGUAAAAAAAAAAAAAUUUUUUUUUUUGAUGUGAA